AUGGUUCCUUUGAGGGAGGAGGACCAAGGGGAGGGCAUCUGCCCCAUCUGCCAGGAGCAGCUGAGGGAGCCCACGGGCACCGAAUGUGGACACUUCUUUUGUCACACAUGCCUGGUCCAGCAUGCGGAGAAGGCCUCAGCCUCCAGGGUCCUCUGCUGCCCCCUCUGCCGGAAUCCCCUCUGUUCCGAGAGGAUUCUGGGGCCAGACUUGUUCUGUCCCAGCCACCAGAAGAGGAUAUGCAAGUUCUGCGAGAAGAACAGAUGUCUUCUGUGUGUACAGUGCUUGGAGUCCCCAGAGCACAAGGCCCAUUCAGAGCUCAGCCUUGAAAAUGCCAUCAGCCACUACCAGGAGCGACUCAACCGCCGCAGCAGGAAGCUCAGAAAAUAUAUCACAAAACUGGAGUGCAAAGCUCAGGAGGAGCAGAAACAGCAGACCAACCAGUUUCAGGUAAACCCUGGGAUCCAAAGACUGGAGGCUGAGCUAGAAAGCCAGUGCCAGGCCAAUGAGCAGCUGGAUGCCUUCACUGAGCAGGAGCUGGGCCAGCUGCAGGAUACACCGGCUGAGGUGGCCAGACUCCCCAUCCUCUCCCAAGCAAUACUGCAGCUUAACAGCCUGGUCGCCAUUAUGGAAAGGACAGCCCAGGAGCUACAGGCCAGCACACUGAAGGAUGCCAGUGACUUGUUGAACAGGAGUGCUCCACACAAACUACAGGCUAUUUACCAUAUGUUGAAGUCUGAAAAGAGUCAGGAAGACAUUGCUUAG